AUGUCGCGCUUGUCAGGAAAAAUGAAUGGAGGAAGGGCCGGAACUGCAGGGCACACGGUGUGGGAGUGGGUGAGAGGCAUCGUAUCCUCCGACGAUACGCUCUUGGUGGCAACAUCCGCUGGGCCUGCCUACGUGAUGACGGUGCUUUCGGUCUUUUCAUGGCAGUGGCUCACUUUGUCGACGGCUUCGUGCCCGACUCCGAGGUUAGAAAAGGUGGAGCUUUUCCUGCGCAGGUAUGAUCUUUGCUCAUUUUUCGGCGGCCUGUCGGCAGCGCCUCCUCCCACUGGAUGGCGUAAACGCAAGGACUUGGACGUCUACGACCAACUCAUGUACAUGAGGAAUAGAAGGUCGAGAUUCUUCAACUAUUUCUUCUCCGUGGCCCGCGACGACAUGACCUACUGGGUGAAUCGCAGUGUGCCCUGGUUCCUGGCUUUCCGGCUAAUGCUGAUUUGGUGCCCGCUGGACCUGGCAAUGAUCUUCCGGAGCCUCCUCAGCCCAUUUCUGGGCUCCACCAUUGCGGCACAGCAGCAGUGGUUUGGCGCUUCGGUGUCUUCGAUGGUUCUGGGCGACGCCACCGUGGGUGCCUUGGGCCUGGGAUCCGGCGCCUUCGUCUACACGGUGCUGGGGCUGCUUCCCUUCUCCGAUGCGCUGGACACGCUGCUCUUCUACGGUAUUCUGGGCUUCCUGAUCUCGGUUGCUGGCCUUCUCGGCUUCCUUUUUGUGAUUACCUCCCAGCAGCGCAAAUACUACAAAGACUUUGAGCCCAGCGAAGUUGUAGGGCCGUGCCCCGACCACGACAAGUGCCCGUGCUUGUCGGUGGCAUUCUUCCAGAAAGACUAA